CAUUAAAUAGAGAGACGACUCUACAGAUAGUGUCCAGCAGACACUAUGAUGCCAUACCUCUGCAAGUUCUUGUCUUUCUAGAAGACACUGAACUCAUCAUGAGAUAAGAUGGUAUUGUUAGUUUAGUUAUUUGUGACAUUCAGAAAAGGUAGCAAUGGAUGAGUGUGGCCUCUGAUAUUUGUACAGUAAGAACUGAUUGGUAUUGUAUGUAGUGGUUGUACUUAGGUUACAUGAAGAUUUAAUUAAUAAUUACAAUAUUUUGGUCAGAGCAAUUAAGAAAUGCUCAUAUAUUUCAAUGGUUAUUCUAAUAAUGUUUUUCUGUUUCCUCUUUUACAGCUGUAUUGCAAACACUCUGACACCAACAGCACACACACACUGACACACACACACGCACCAAACCAACGGCACUUUUAAGAGCCACUCUCUUUCUCACUGUCUCUUCACAUCUCUCUUUCUCUCUCUUCAUUUUCUGAUUGUUUAUACUGUGUCUGUAUUGUUUGUAUUUGUACACAAUGUCCCUCAAUUCAGAUGUGAGGAUCUUUGAGGAUCCCAGUGAGGCCAGGAUCCACAUGGCAGCAUUAAUUAGUGAUGCUCAUCUCCAUGAGGCCAGGGCUGCCAUGAGCAUGGAAAACCCUGCCUUUCCUCAAAGGAAAAAGAGGAAAAGCAGGAAGAGAUCCCUCACUAAACCAGUGGUCACAAGCGGACAUGAGAAACGUCGGGAAACACAAAGCACCAUAUCAGCUUCACGAGCCAGAAGAGGGGAUCCUGUGCAUGCGGAAGAUUUUCAGAUAGAAGAUCAAUAGUUGACAAGUCUUGAAACACGUCUCCAAGAGUUAAGGGACACUCUAACUGCAGUCCAGGUUCCAGAGGCAACAGACAGAACAGUUUCUGCUUGGGCACAAAGGCAGCUUCUCACAGAUGUGAGAAUGAAAAUUGCUAGGACGCUGCUUUUUGAUGCAAAACUCUCAGCUGAGAGAAUUGUCACCCAGAAGUGCCACAGAUACUGUGCUGCAGAAUCUGUUAUUAGGUGCCUGGACUGUGUACCACUGGACAUGGAGUUCCUCUGUGCAACCUGUGACAUGGAGGCCCACAAGAGGAACAUUUUCCAUGACAGAGAGGCUGUGUUCCAUGGGUUUUUUGAGCCCAUUGCCCCUACCAUUGCUGUGGUGGUGGAUGAAGAUGGCCAGCCUCAGUUUUGUGAACAAAUAUGUCAACUGCCUGUUCCUACACCAAGGUCAAUAUGUGAAUGCUGUCAUGAUCUCACAGUCACUCCAGGGAAGCAUAUUUCUGUGGUCACCAUCAAUGGACGAUACGAUGUCUGCUUGCCUUGGAAGUCCUGUCCAUCUUGCUCUGCAGAAUGGACUCCCGAGUUUAAAGACCUGCUCAUGUAUCGGUACUGGCCAGCUAGCACCAGCUGCCAGACCCUGUACAAGUUUGAUGUCUUCACGUCAUUUGAACAGAUGAAGGUGACAGCACCAGCCAUGUCCAGACUGGCCUUCCUGAAAAUGUUGGAGCACAGAUCUGUUCAAGCUGGAAGGACAGGCAGUAUCUGUGCUGAUACAUUUCAGCGAAGCUUUUUUGAAUUUUGCUUCUGUCAAUACAAAGAAGAGGAUAUGUGCCAGGUCCAUCAUUUUGUCUGUCCAGCAUGUUCUCCAGACAUGUUAGCUGUCUGCUCUGAUGGAAAUCGAAAGCGCUACCGUUUCUGCAAGUCAAAAGGGACUGAGGAGCCACCGCUGUACGAGGGCUUGUUCCUGGCCAAGGAUGAGGAAGUUGAAACAUUUGUUGACCUUGUCAGGGGCAACAUGAGAAGUGCAAAUGACAGUGCUGUUUGUGGUACUGCCAAGUUCACCGCUGGCAGAGAGACAUCCAAAAAGUCUGGUGCUCAGAUAGACGAGGAGGGCAUUCAAGUUGCAGUCUGCAGGUAUGUGUUUGUAAUAGUUUGUGUGUGUGUGUGUGUGUGUGUGUGUGUGUAUUAGGUAUUUCUCACAUUGUGGAGAUGUAAAUCUGUUGACACAGUCAUGCUGUGGGGACGUGCCUCCCUUAUGGGUAAUGGGGACAAAAAGCAGGUCCCCUUAAUGUAAAUCAUUACUUUUAAGGUGAAGACUUGGUUUGAAUUUAAUGUGAAGUGAUGGAAAUGAGACUGUGUGUGUGUGUGUGUGUGUGUGUGUGUGUGUGUGUGUGUGUGCCUUUUUCGUUUGUGUUUCUCAGCCAUAGUCUAUGUAUGAGUGCUAUUGUAGCAAUGGGAAAGGGCAGGGUGCGCGAAAAAGGGUUAAUACACGGGCUUCAUCCCAGUGCUUUUGGUUGAACAUGCAGUUUUCCCACAGGGAUCAUUACAGUUUCAUUUAGUCUUGUCUUAUCUAUCUGUUCUGAAAUCGACAGGUGUCCCGGUUAAGUCCUCAAUCUAAUUCUCUGGCACAGAUUCAAUAAAAAAAACAUAUUUAUAACAACAUACAUUAUUAAGAUUUUACCAUUAAAAUAGCCUGUGCAUGAAUAAUGUAUAAAAAACAAAUAACCAGGUAAAUAAGGGGGGUACUUGUUAUGUUCAUUGACUGUAGUUGUGAAGUGUCAACAGCUUCUGGUUCAUCAGUGGACUGAAUAUGUUGUGAAAACCUCGCAGCCACUUUUAUUUGUUAUAGUGUACCGUGCUCCUGGCCCGUAUUCUGAAUUUGUAUCUGAAUUCUCAGAGUUUUUAUCCAGUUUAGUUCUUAAAUCAGAUAAAGUUAUUAUUGUAGGCGAUUUUAACAUUCAUGUCGACGUUGAUAAUGACUCCCUGGCUACCGCGUUUAUCUCAUUAUUAGACUCCUUUGGCUUCAGUCAGGGUGUACAUGAACCUACUCAUUGUUUUAACCAUACCCUCGAUCUAGUUCUGACGUAUGGAAUUGAAAUUGAUAACCUAAAAGUCUUUCCACAGAAUCUCUCGCUAUCGGAUCAUUAUCUGAUUACUUUCGAUUUCUUAUUACUCGAUCACACACCACUCAGCAAGUUACUAUACUAGAUGUUUAUCAGAUAGUGCUGUCGCAAAAUUUAAGGAAAAGAUUACUCCGUCAUUAAAUUCAAUACCAAGUCCCUCAGUAACAGAGGUUUCCCGUACCGACUUUGAUCAUUUUGUCGAUAGCGCCGUAGGCUCGCUGCGAACAACACUUGACUCUGUAGCUCCUCUUAAAAAGAAGUUAAAAAAGCAAAGAAAAUUCGCUCCUUGGUAUAAUUCUCAAACCCGUAAGUUAAAACAAAUAUCGCGAAGGUUUGAAAGGAAUUGGCGAUUAACCAAACUGGAAGA